AUGGCCGCUUCCAAGCGCCCUCUUCGCAGAUCUUACGUUCAAGAUGCAUCGGAUGCAUCUCCUUCCAAGGUGCUGCGCAAAAGCGACUGGGCACACGGCAUCUGCCUCUUCGUAGUUCCCCUAGGCUCCGCCACAACUUCCAGGCGCACGAUAUGGGAAAGGGAAGUUACAGCAGCUGGUGGCUGUCUGGCGAAGUCCCCGUCGUCGGCCACCCACCUAGUAAUCACUCCAGAAGUCACUGCCGUUCGCCUUGGGGCAUGGGCAAGCAAAACUAUGCAAGGCAAGGGCGAAGGUGACAGCAAAGAUCCUUUGUCUGUUCUACGUGCUUUUGCCGAGUCUCUGGAGUCAAUCUGGGUUUACAGCGAUUGGCUGGUCACUUGCCUGGCCAAGCAGAGUCGUGUCUCAGAAGAAUCUUUCACCUGGUCCCGACAUGCAUCGGAGCAUGGGGAACAUGGUCACGAUACGAUUUCCGUUGUUCAGGAAUGUAGCGUUGUAGAUUCAACCCAGCCCACCGUGGGCAAGCCACUUGCGGGGCUUGGGUCUGCGCCUUUGCUGGCGCGAAGUCCGGCACCUACACAGAGGGAAUCUGAUUCGGAAGUUGAAGAGGUUCUUCCCAAACUUGGAGCCUUUGGCGGAGAGAUGACUCCAAAGCGGGCCUACUUGAUCCGCAACCGUGACAAGUUUGCGUGCCAGCGUGGUGGGGAGACUUCGCCUGAAAAAGGCGCGGCUGGCUCUCCACCGAAGCCCCGCAACGCCGAGCUCGUGGCCAUGUUCGGCCGCCUGCAGCAGCAUUACGAGUCAUUGGGCGAUGGAUGGCGUGAAAGAUCUUACCGACUGACAGCAAGCAUUCUGCGCAGCCUGUCCUUCGAGGUGGGAUCGGAAGCAGACCUUGAUCGACCGGAGCUGAAGCGACUAGGCAGGAAGACACGCGACAAACUGAAAGAAUUUCUUCAGACGGGAAGCAUCGGAAGAGUGGAAGGCUUGCAGACGGACGAGGUCGCAAAGGCCUUAGGAGAAUUGCAAGGUAUCUGGGGUGUGGGUCUGACAACUGCGAGGAGGUGGCUUGGGUCUGGCUGCCGGACUAUCUCCGAUGUAAGGCAGCGCGUUCAGGACGGAUCGCUUCGGCUGACUACCGACCAGACGAUCGGUCUGCACUUCUUUGAAGAGUUCUCCGAGCGCAUUCCUCGGACAGAGGUGGAGGAAAUCGUUGCAGUUGUUCAAGCAGCUGUCAGUCAGCGAUUUGGUGGCCAUAUGCGCAUGGAAGCUUGCGGAUCUUUCCGGCGCGGGAAGACAAGCUGUGGAGAUGUUGAUCUUCUGCUUUGUGCUCGGAGUGCUAGAGACGAGCUUUCCCUGGGCUCGAUGCAUGAUAUCUUGGCAGGUCUCGUGGCAGAUCUGCGAGGUCAGGGCUUCAUUACCCACGAUCUGAAAGGUGGAAAUCCAAACCAUGGCCGCCAAACCGGCAAUGGCCAGGAUGCUAACGAGGGCGAAGAGCUGCGAAGCUCUUCUGCUGCAACCUAUUUUGGAGUUUGCCGGUUGCCUCGUGCCGGAAGCCUACACCGAAGAAUUGACAUCAAAGUGUAUCCUGUGCUGGAAUUUCCGUUUGCCCUGCUGUCCUUCACAGGGUCUGGCCCCUUUAACCGGUCCAUGAGAUUAUUUGCGCGAAGAGCGGGGUUCAGCUUGUCAGAUCACAGUAUCUGCCGGGCAACACAUGCUCGAGGAGCUGGUCGUGGUGAGCGUAUUUGGACCGGACCUCCUAUUGCAGCCGCUCGCUUCGCGUCAGAGGGCGAUAUUUUCGAGUUUCUUGGACUUGCAUACCGAGAGCCGUGGCAGCGUGAGGUGGACGCCUCGUGGCUAGCCGAAACUGGCACUGAUAAGACAGCAGGAAACGAGACCAUACAUCAGUCUUCCCAAGUCUCACUGUCGCCCCCGACACCAGUCGAGGAGCGGGAACGUGCAAAGCAGGGCUUCUCAGCAGAGGUGCAAAGCCUCCUAGACUCGGAUGAAGAACCUUUCUGCACCGAGGAAAACGCCUUCAGAUGGCUCCUUCACGUGUUGACAAGAAAUCUGGAACUCCCUGCUGGCCAUGAAGAUUUUCGACAGAUUCGGCCUGUGGAGAUCGAUCGCUGUCAUGCUCAGCUUCGACGACACGGACUUCCAAAGGUUGGUGCUCAACGAGAAAGCCACAGCUGGAAAGUUGUUGGAGUCGGCCGAUGCCGCCGAAAAAGGUGGUGCGGAAAACGCCGCCAGCAAAUCCAGCAGUGGGUAUGA